UUUGACAGAAGACUUGAUUUUAUCAUUGAAUUUAAAGGAAAAUGGAAUGAUGAUAUUGAUUUACGUACAACAGAAUUGAUAUUUCAUAGAGAGGAAUUAAUAGAGGUCGUCAAAGAAUUGAACAAGGAUGAAGAUGGAGAGAUUAUAAUUAAUAAUAAUCAAGUGUAUUGGAGAUGUCAUUUUCCAGAGUUUAAGAAAAGAUACUUAAAAGAUUAUCCAAGAUGUAAAGAAUUAUCUGAUUACAAACAGGAAGUUUUUUUAGAAAAUCAGAACAUUGAUAUUCAAAUAGAUUAUAUAGAAGAAACUGAAGAAAUUAUAGCAAGUACAAGCAAAAGAACUUAUGAUAAAUCUAAUGAAAGUGAAAGUAGCAAUAAAUGUAGAAAAUAA